UCUUUUAUUUUUAUUUUUAUUUUUCUGGAUUUUUGGGAAUAAGCUAAGAGGAGAAAAAAUUUUUUUUUUUUCCAAAAUUUUUUUUUUUUUUUUUUUUUUUUUUUUUUUUGGAGGGCCUUGACCGGGUUUGAACCUCCGCAGGGAAACUUCUCGGCAUCAUCAGGUAGGAGGCGGCAGAACAAGUGGGCCUGAGUGGGAGGAAGAGUUUGUGUUGUAGACUGUGUAGGCCUGAUGGGUGAAACUCCAGCUGGGAGAGGAUAAUGGCAGCUCCGGGCCAACUCUCCUCCUCACCCACCUGCAUCGGCUGCAGAGGACCUGGGAGGUGCUAGCCGAAGCCGAUCAGAGCCCGGCGGGAUGAUGGUGUGAUCAGGGUCCGGCUGUAAGGCCCCUCUUUCAUCCUUCACCUCCUUUCAUUGAAAACGGGUGGCGCCUCCUUUUCCAGCCUCCUAACCCUCAAACUCCCCGAUAGAGGUGUGCGAUACGCCAUAUUUUGGUAUCGAUCCAAUUAAAUACAGCGCCAGCAUCACAGAUACGAUACAGAUACUGAUAUUUCUAUUAAGUUUGAUACGUCAUCAAAAUGAGCGUUUUUUGUGAUUUUUUUUUUCCUCUUUAUUUUGUUAAAACCUAGGAAAGAAUUUGGGCCCCUGUAAAGGUGUGCAAUAAUAUAUUUAUUGAUCCGAGUAAAUACAGCAGCAAUAUCGCUGAUACAGAUACCGAUAUUUUUAUUAUUCAAGUUUGAUACUUCAUCAAACUUUGUGUUUUCUUCGUCCUUUGAAUGAAUUUGGACCCCAGUAAAGAUGCACGAUAACAUCAAUCAAAGUAAAUACAGCAGCACUACCACCAAUAUCGAUACAGAUAUUGAUAUCUUUAUUAUCUAAGUUUGAUACAUCAUCAAACUUCAUGUAUUUUUUUUCUCCUUUGAAUUAUUUUGUUAAAACCUAGGACAGAAUUUGGACCCCAGUAGAAAUGUGCGAUAUGGCAUAUUUUUAUAUCAGUCCAAGUAAAUACAGCAGCAGUUUCGCCAAUACAGACACCGGCAAUAACUAUAUCUCCAAUAUUUUUAUUAUUUAAGUUUGAUACAUCACCAAACUUUUGUGGGGGGUUUCCCCAGUUUUAAUUAUUUUGUUGAAACCUACGAUAGAAUUUGAGCAAAGAAAAUUUAGGGGUGCAGCGAUAAAUCAGCUUCCAUUUCUUUAAUUUUUAGAGAUCGGUGAUCAGACGAUAUGUAAAUUUGCAGACGAUCUUAUCCACUUCAACAAUUUAAUCAAUCACUGUCUUUGUUUUGACGCCCAGCAUUGAAAAAGGUUUGACUGACAGACCCAUAUCGGCCAAAAUUCGGAAUCGGCAGAUCUGGCUUUUUAAAGAUUGGCCAGAAAACUGCAAUCGGUGCACCCCUCGUGUUUUUUCCCUUUUAAUUAUUUUGUUAAAACCUAUGACAGAAUUUGGACAACGUCUAUAGGUCGGAGUGCACCAAUAAAUCAACUAGCUGAUAAAUCCUCCCCAAUUUCCUUAAUUUUUGGAGAUUGAUGAUCGGCUGACCUUUUCUACCUUGACAAAAGUCUAAAAAUCAAACCCUGUCCUCUUUUUCUCUGCUGUGAAAAAGCUUUGACUGGCAGACUGGCCCACCCGGUCAUGGCUUCAUGUUUCCAGUUAACGGUAAUCUCCCCACUGCUACCAACUUAAUGACUUUUCUUAUUUUAUUUGCUAACAUUUCAAACAAACAAACAAAAAAAUUGGUAUCGGCCAAAAUCAGAAUUAGUAGGCCAGAGAUCGGCCAGAAAACUGCAAUCGCUGCAACACUUUUGUGGUAUUUUUCCUUUGAAUUAUUCCGUUAAAAUACAAUUUGGACAAAAUUUAGAACCAUCUACAAAAUACUUUUAAUAACAUGAUAAACAGAAACUAUAGAAGAACAGAACAAAUCUGUGUGCAUUUUGGCUAAAUAAACCAAAUCUUUGAUAAACUACUGAAAGUAAAAUAACCUGAAACUAAAGAAUCGAUCGUUCCGAUCUUAUCUGUAUUUUUUGGAUCGAUCCGCCCACCUCUGGCACCAACCUGCCCUUCUUUUUCUUCCCUCUCUUUUCUUUUUCUUUUCUUUUUCUUUUUGUCGAGGCUUCGGGGGAAUUGCCAAGAGCUGUUUCAUGCAUGUCCACUGGCGGCAGGUUCAACUUUGACGAUGGGGGGUCAUACUGCGGAGGGUGGGAGGAGGGCAAGGCGCAUGGCUACGGGAUCUGCACGGGACCCAAGGGCCAGGGCGAGUACUGCGGCUCCUGGGCGCACGGCUUCGAGCUGCUGGGCGUCUACACCUGGCCAAGCGGGAACACCUACCAGGGCACCUGGGCUCAGGGGAAGAGGCACGGCCUGGGCGUGGAGAACAAAGGCCGCUGGGUGUACAAAGGCGAGUGGACGCACGGCUUUAAGGGACGCUACGGCGUGCGGGAGAGCACUGGGACGAGCGGGAAGUACGAGGGGACGUGGAACAACGGGCUGCAGGAUGGCUACGGGACGGAGACGUACUCGGACGGAGGAACAUUUCAGGGCCAGUGGGUUGGAGGGAUGCGUCACGGCUAUGGCGUCCGGCAGAGCGUUCCAUACGGCAUGGCGGCCGUCAUCCGCUCUCCUUUACGCACCUCCAUAAACUCUCUCCGUUCUGGUUCGGAGCACAGCAAUGGAACCGCGCUGCUGGACCGAACGGGCGCCCUGGUUCCGGGCCCGCCCACAGUUCCGGGAACUCUGACCACCAGCAUCUCCAUGUGCAGCACGGGCAGCAGCGGCAGCAGCCCCGCGGUGUCCCGCGGAGGCUUCGUGUUGACGGCGCAUAGCGAGGCAGAGCUGCUGAAGGGGAAGAGGAAAGGAGGAUUGUUCCGGAGGUCCAUCCUGUCCGGCCUCAAGCUCAGGAAGUCCGAGUCCAGGAGCUCUCUGGCGUCGCAGAGGUCCAAACAGAGCUCGUUUCGGAGCGAGGCUGGGAUGAGCACCGUCUCCUCGGCUGCAUCGGACAUCAACUCCACCAUCAGCCUCGGAGACGCAGACGCGGAGUUGGCAGUUGCGGACGACGACGUCGACGCCACGGCGACGGAGACGUACUGCGGGGAGUGGAAGAACGACAAACGGACGGGAUUCGGUGUGAGUCGGCGAUCCGAUGGGCUGCAGUACGAGGGCGAGUGGCUGAGCAACAAGCGGCACGGCUACGGCUGCACCACGUUCCCCGACGGCACCAAGGAGGAAGGGAAGUACAAGCAGAACAUCCUGGUGAGCGGCAAGCGGAAGAACCUGAUCCCGCUCCGCGCCAGCAAAAUCCGGGAGAAGGUGGACCGAGCCGUGGAGGGGGCCCAGAAGGCGGCGGACAUCGCCCGGCAGAAGGCCGAGAUCGCUCUGUCCAGGACGGCUCACGCACAGGGCAAAGCAGAGGCGGCGGUGGGAGCCGCACAGAAAGCCCACGAGGAGAGCCGGAUGGCUAGGGUCACCGCCAAGCAGUUCUCCCCGUCCUUCCAGCACCCUGGAAAUGGAAUGGAGGUUCAGCGACCCAAACGCCAGGUUUCCAGUGAAGUCGAGGGCGAGGGCUUGUCGAGUAGCGCCGGCACCGCGGAAAGCCCAGAUCUUUACACAAAAAGUGUUGGAUCUGAUGACCCCUCCAAUGAUGCCGCGACCCCCGACCUCAGCCCACCCUCCUCUUCACCUCCCCACACGCCGCCGCCACCUGCCCGACCGUCGCAGCGAAGCAAGAGCGCCCGAUUCCACCGGCAGAGCGCCGUGGACCACGGAGACCGGGGUAAGGACAGCGGUGAGAAAGGGGGAGAAAGAGGACACACGGAGAUUCAAGUGCUGAUGGAGGGAGGCGGCGAGGGAGGAGUGAAGCCGGAGUAUCCACGCGCCAACAGCUGGAGCGAGGACAGGAGGAGGGGGGUGUUGUCAAAAGGAGGCGGCGGGAUCAGUGGCCGUGGAGGAAGCCGGACCAACGGACACAAACACAGCUCCUCCAAUCACAAAUCGCGGGAGCACAGUUCGUCCAAUCACAGGCAGGCCAGGGGCGACAGGUGGACAGAGUCGUCUUCGUCCGCCACUUGGACGUCUGGGCACAGGGGGACGCACGGCAGGGGGGGCCGGCUGCUGGAGCAGGAUGAGGAGAAGAUCAGCAACUACGAGAUGGAGAUGAAGCCUUUACAGCCCAGAGACUCCACUACCCACAAGCCCCAUGGGCAUGGGGAGGAGCGGCACGGGCACGCAGAGGGGCGCUCCCAUGGCGUGCCGCGGCAGAGGCACAAGAACCGGGAAGGGAGGGACGGGGGCAAGGACUCGACACACAAAGGGGAGAAAAUGGAUUCUCGGCCACUACGACGAGACCUGACCCUGUCCCCGCCUCUGAAGUCCUCCCCCAUCGUACCCGAUCGGCAGGACCUCAGCCUCACGGCCAGCCAGGGGAACUCGGCCUACAGCUCCAUCCUGGUUGCCAUGGUGAUUCUGCUCAACAUCGGAGUGGCUAUUUUGUUUAUCCACUUUUUUAUUUAAAGGCGGCGAUGCUUUCAGAGUCAACCUACCUAUGCCAGAAACACGACGAAAACCACGAGUAUUACAGCAAAUCUGCUGCCCCUCCGCGCGUCCCGGCCGACAGAAGACCCGGACCGAGGACUGGAGAGGCGGAACCGAGCCGGGUCCGGUCCGGUCCGGUCCAGGUGGAGGAAGAGCUGAGGCCAAAGAAUAGGACAACAGGUUGGUCCAGGGAGGAACCUGGACUUGUGUGACCCAAAUGGGCUGACUUGAACACACAGACAGGACUGACGGACUUUUUCAUUGUCAAAUCAUAGUUUUCAACAGAUUUGUAACUUCAGAUUUAUUUAUUGACUAUUUUUUCUUCCCAUGUGCAAUAUGUUGAUGGUUGUAUUGUUUAUUUUUGCAACCCACCCCUCUUCUCUCUGAACCUCCUGCCUUUUACUUCCUCCACGUCCCCAGCGGCUGUUACUGAUGGUACGGGCAGUGAAACCUGGGCGGCGAGUUCUCAUUUCACCUCGUUUUUCAUGCAUUGUAUGCAGGUGUGUGCGUGCAUAUGUGCGUGCGUGUGUGUGAGUGUGUGUUCUCUAGUUGCAUCCAGAGGUGGGCAGAAUAGCACUACUUAUUUAUACAUAUUUUUACUCGAG